AUGUCUGACAAGGAAGGCGGCGCGCCACCCACCGAACACCUGAACAUUAAGGUCACGGAUAACAACAAUGAGGUCUUUUUUAAGAUCAAGCGGACCACCCAGCUCAAGAAGCUGAUGGAUGCGUUCUGCGAACGUCAGGGAAAGCAGAUUUCAACUGUCCGCUUCCUGUUUGACGGUACCCGAGUCCGUCCUGAGGACUCCCCCGAAACCCUUGACAUGGCCGACGGCGAUACCCUGGAGGUCCACCAGGAGCAGAUUGGAGGUUGCUAA